AUGACAUUGUUUCUUGCCAACGCACAGACACGCCUUGAAGUUCGUCGUGGAUGUGGCAAAUCAUGCCAAAGGGAUCCAGCCACCUCCACCUCCUUCAUAAAUCGACUCAAUCCAAUAUGUGUUGAACGUCAACAAAAUGUUCAUGAACGUCAAGAAACACUGUUGAGCUCCGAGCAAAAAUCAACUGGACAGAGAGAAUCGGAAAAGGAAAAGGACUGCUGGACAAUAAAAAUGUAUUGA